AUCCCCCUUCUGCAGUAGUUUCGUUCGGAUCUCCUCCUUGGACCCGGAGGCGUGUCAGCUUCCCGAGAAAUAUCAAUACUCUCGCAAGUCCAUAAUCUGUACCAAACUCGAUGCAAUGUUGGACGCUGCUGACAUGACCCUUCGCCUCCGCAGUCCCGAAAGUUGAGACAAAAAUUUUUGCGAGUGCGUCGCCGUUUUCAUGUGAACUUUACAAAGACGUGGUCUGCCAAUUGAUGGACAAGCAGGUGCAAUUGAUGCGCCCAUAGAUAAUCUGCGACCGCGGCUUGUGUUUGUCUCUGGGAUCACUUUUUACUGUGGACCAAUGUGAAAGCUAAAGAUGCGAAACCUAAUGUUAAAAGCCCGAUUUUGGAUUUUCCUCGCCUUCUUCGCCACCGUCUCUGUCGACUUUUCAUCCUGCAUCGAAGUGCACUUUGAGAACAAAGAUGGUGGAUUCUUCUUGAAGCAGACGCUCGGCAACCACAGCCUGAGCCAAGAGGCUGCCGGCAAGGGUGGCGCCGACGACGAUGGCUCGAGCGACCAGGAGGAGGUGGUGCUCAGUCGCGAGCUGUUCACCGUUUUCCAGAGCUCGCAACCCGUGUCCAUCCGCGCCACGUACGGCCCUUUCUCCACCAAGCAGACCGUGCCUGCCAGGUACAUUGUCCCGGACCCGCUGGACGUCCCACCGUCGGCGGCGCCGGCCACUCUGCUGCAGGAGGCGCUCGACGCCGACCUCUACUCGCACAACCUCGACAUCAGCUCACACCUUGUCACGCCACAGAUACCACGUGACAAUCCUGUCCUGCGCGUCCUUUUCCACACCGGCCAGCAGAGCUCCGUGGCCGCCACGACCGGCGGCGCCAAAAUUGCCCCCAUCGCCCACCGCCAGCAACGCAUCUGCAUCAUCCUGAGUGCAACCCUCGAGGACAAGCCGGCCGAGGUGGCUGCGUGCAGCCCUGGUGGCGACGACGGCGUGUGUCUCGCCCAACUCACGGUGCCCGCCAGCUGGUGGCCACCCCUGCCGGGACCAGACUACUUUUCCGAACCACCCCAUGAGACUAAACCAGUCAAUAAGGUUCCUCGCCGCUUGGUCGCGAUCGCCUAUUCGGUGUUUGAGCCGCGUGGCUCCGAGCCGUGCGCCCCAUCGCCCAGCACCCGCGUCCAGAUCCAGCCGAUGACUCCUCUGGGAGUGGUUCCGCUGGUGUCUUCGGUGGCUCCGUAUCGGGAACUGCGAGCUGACCCCGGCCUUGCCAUGCUUCUGCCCCACGCACCACUUUACCCCAAAUCUCGGUUCUACGUGCCCCUCUUCAUCCAGCCUCGUCCUGGCUCGCCUCAAGUUUCCGUUCUUGUCGUCAGGGCUCGGGUAAAGAGCGGCCUAAAGGUGCUCGGGGCACAAUCCACGUCUGCCGGUUGGCACAUGACUGUGGAAACUAAUCCGAAGCAAACAACCUGCACAGUGACUGUUUUAAGGACUGAAAACAAUAUUGCUCCGCUGGCAGGAACUAACCCGCAGACAUCUGAUCAGCCUGCAACCCUCACUAACGAAGCAGAAAAUGAGAGCAAUCCUGUAGAGGAGGUUUUCAACUGGUUGUUUGAAGUUGAGGAAACCUCCGAGCCUUGGGAGGGUGGUCGAAUAGUAUGGAGCAUCAGAUACGUACUGGAGGGUGACACGCGUUUCCACGAGCUCAGAACCUCUGCUCACGGAACUUCCCAAUUCAUCCUUCAGCAGCGAAAAAGUCGUCUUCUGAAGGAGGGCGGUGCAACUCAAGACGAGGAUGAGCGUCGUAAACUGACUGCCCGAUUCGACACACAAAAGGACGACAUUCAUGCCGUUCUGCCUAUUUCAAAAACGUGGGAAAUUUUGAAUACUGCUGUGUUAACUGGGCGGCAAGUUUCUCAAGCCAUGAAAGUCUUUAUUGUCAGUCGCGCUGGAAAAGUUGCCGAUGUCACUCUGCAAGCGUCUUGCAAUUCAAUGGAGGAGAGCGUGCUCAAGGUUUCAACAUCAUGCAGCUCUGUUUAUGUUGAUGGCUCCGAAGUGCGUGGCUCCAGCAACGCCUCUGUCUUUGUGCAGUACGGCCCAUACUCAGGAGUUGCUAAAUUUACUGUGUGGAUGCCAGAGUAUCCUCUGGAGGUUUGGGUUGCUGACCAGCGCCUUAGCCAAGUCAAGGGGUGGCGAGUUCCAGAUUAUACCAACAUUCAUUCCAAAAUUGAGAGACCUCCAGUAGAUGAGUAUGCUAAGCCAGGCAUUGGCGGCUGGAACGAUGCAUUUGCUGUUGACGACAAAGCAGACGAAGGCUCUGAAAAACUUCAAUGUCGUUUAAGAUUCCAACAAACCAAUGUGGAGGUCUAUUCUCGAUUUUAUGCAGAUGACCAUGAUAUAGGUCGAAUCUCCUUUUAUGGCUCAAGACGAACAUGGUUACGGGUCACAGAUCUUGUUGUUGGCUCGCUCAGAGUUUCUGACUCGAGAAUUGCUUCUCUGCAUGGAAAAAUUUUGCAAGGGCAGAGCGUUGGAAGAACAGAAGUUCAGGUUGUGUCACCUGUUACUGGUCGAGUUCUGGGAGCCAAGGAGGUCCGUGUUAGCAACGAUCGAGUGACGAUUAACAGACUCAGGGUCCGAGUUGUGUCUGGUCUGCAGCUGGGAAUUUCAACAGACAACACAGCAAAUGGAUACAUUGCCACCAUUUCUGUGACACGCAAGUUAACCGCCCAGUAUCAGGAGGGCCUGCUGGACAUUGAGGCCCACUUCUCGGAUGACACCAUCAUGGCCCUGAGAGAUGUGCCCAUUUCGGACUACCUUCUCUCUGUUGAGAGUCGCAAUUCCAACGUGGUAGCUUUUGCUCCCAUGGCCGCCUCCCCUCAUCCUAGAGUCAUUGCAGUUGGAGAGGGCCACGGAGACCUUCUGAAAGUGAGUCUCCAGCUGCCGGAAAAGUGUGCCGCUUCCUUCUUGUCGGCCCGACGUGGUGCGUCCAAAAGCCAGGCUCAACCAGCGCCUAAUAGCAUCCUCAGCACUGCUUUUGCCAACGUAGAAGUGGAUUUCAAGACCACCCAGAAAUCAGAAUUUGUUCAAAACGACGGGCACCACGGUGGGAGAAUCAGAACCAGUGACUUGACAAAACUGCACGACAUUCUCAUCGGCAUCCCCUUGAAAGAUGAAAACAACCGGGAGCCGACAGUGCAGGCACGCCAGUUACCAGCCAAGCAGCACACACCACUGAUGACCCCUCUGGUCAUCGGCAUGUACGUCUUACUCGGCGCCUUCUGCCUGGCGAUCGUUGUCUUUGUCAUCUCAUGCAUUGUCUACGCGUCGAAAUUCAAAGAGUCAGAACUUGGACACCUGGUUUUGCACCAGAACCGCGAAAAUGCGUCUGCGGCGGUGCAGAAUGGCAAUGCCAGAAUGGGCAUUACCCAAAAUGCUCAUGAUUGGGUCUGGCUGGGCCGAGCCACCCUUGAGCGCUCUUCAAACCACUCGUCGGCUGGCAUUCGGAUCAUCAACAAUCCUGGUUCAGCGGAUGUGACCAGCUUUGACAACCCGUCCCACAUUGAGUUGCCAUCACAUCCACCUAUCAACGACAACACGUAUACAAAACGCGUCGUGCCACCACUCCGCACUGAGAGCAUAUGGCGCUCAAACGAGUCGCCACCUCUUCAUCAACAUUCCACGGGAACAGAAGCAGAGGCUGCUGCGGAGGUCAGCCAGUUGAGCCCCAGUGACCCCAACUACAAGCCCCCAGUUCCGCCGCACCGCAACCUGACCGCAGCCGCCUAUGUGCCUACUCUGGUUGGGCCUGGCGACAGCAACUGGAAGGCCAGGUCACCCCGAAAACUCAACAACCACCGCGUAAAGGGUGUCAAGGGCAGGGACAAGCCCCUUCCGGAGGUUGACGAAGACGACAGCAGCCCGCAUUCCAAGGCGAAAAGGGACAUGAAACUGGCAAUCCCUGACAGGUAUGGCGUGAAAAGGGCCCACAUAGUCGGCAACCCGAUGUUUACCAAAGAGGAGCAGGAAGAAUUGAUGGCCAGUGACGUGGGCCUCGACCUGAACCUCGGGAUGGACUAUGAGCAGAUUCUUGAAUACUUUGAUAACCUCAAAGAGUCGAAUGCUUGAAAUUCAAUAAUGCCUGCCUAGUAGGAGCACUACUUACUUAUAAAAACACACACACAUAAUUACAUUACUUAGGUGAAACCAAAGUAUAUUAACACAUAAAUAUUUACGCAAAAUGAAAUCCACCGAUUUCGUUUGGAUUGUGAUUUGUUCGUUGACAGGUCUGCGGUGUGCUUAUUUCCUUCCGUCUGUAUAUAACUCUCUACUGGAAUCAAAGGGGAAAUUUCGGACCAAACUGAAACUUAAUUUAAUCUUUUACAGUCAUAUCCUAUUAAGACGGUGUAAUAAGUAUUGUUUUGCUUAAGUACAAUGAUUGAGAAUCUCUCAGCAGGGCUUUCUCCUUUUUUUAUCGUUGAUAAAUAGGUCGAAUAUAUAUAUGAGCUUUUAUCAGUUCCUAACUGGCUCGCACUGCAGUGAUUACCGAGAUGAAGCGUAAUCAAGUAUAAAAAGAAACGCAAAUUUAGGCAAACUUGUUUCUAACGUACGCACGCACACAUAUUCUCAUGCACGCAAACACUGGAAUAUGAACCAAAUUUGGUUCCUUAUCAAUGGUAAAAUUAAUAUAUAUUAUUUAGAAUGGAUAGUCAAUUCUCAGUCAAGCAAUAGUCCAGUUCAACGCAAAGAUUGUGCUACAGGCGAACUAUUUCAAAUAAAUGGAAUAACGUGACCCCUAGCAAAACCUUUGCAGUGACUAUAUGCAUUCCAAAGAAAUGGAAACGUGGUGCUUCACUUAAAUGGAAAAAAAACACAGUGCAGAAUAUUACCUUGAUAUAAACUACUAUGUAUAUAAAAGUGCUAAGCUCAAGAUCUAUUUGUAAAAAAUUAAUAAAUUAAAAAUAAAACAGUGUUGUUGGCACACAAAAGUGUGUCUUUGUGUUGUCAGCAUAUCAGUGGAGCGCAUGCAAUUGUGAACAAAGAGCUUUCCAAUAAUUAUUAUAAGCGUCAAAAUAUUGCAAUGCGAGCAAAGAAAAAUACCUGUGUACAUUUUUAGCACCAGCUUUUGCAAUCAAAACUCUCGAAAAACGCAAUCCGAUGAAUAAUUUUUCAUUUCCAGUUUGAUUGAUUUGAAAGGCAGAAAAAAAGCAUUUCACGACGGUUCCACAGUUCCUUUUUAUCCCUCGGGAGUUUUGUUGCAACAAGAUUAAAUACGUUGACCAUAUGGAAAUACUAUAUAUAAAUAUAAAUAAUUGAAUUAAUCAAAAUGUGCUUUGUGGCUAUACAAGAUGUGGAAAAUAUUAAUUGGCUAAUUUACACGACUACUUUCGUUAGAAUACGAUUACCGGUAUGUAGUAUUGACUGGAAGCCAUUAAUUAGCAUUAUUGAUAUUGGCGCGAUAUCAUAUAAUUCGUAAAUAUUAUGCAGCUAAAGAGUGUGUAUGCGUGGGUGUUAUUUAUUAUAAUUUGUAACCUAGAAUGCGAUACCUGUGGCACCUCUAUCUCAGGACAUGUGUUGCGAAAAAGGGAAAACUUAAUAAAAGAGCUCCACUGAUAAAUAAUUAAAAUAAAUGCAAAUUUCGUUUGCAGAUUCUGCUCACUUUUUUGGGAAUAAGUAGUACAUUUUGCAGCUUCUCUUUGUAACGUCUACGGGCAUUUAUCUGUUAUUUUGCCACAAUGGGUUGUUCCUUCUAGUCUGAGAUUAAUUAAAAUUAAUGAGGUUUUUCGUGUACAAUCCGUCUUCGAUUUAAAAAAACAAAAAUUGUAACAUGCACACAAAUUACACUAGUCUGAUCUACCUUAUUCCCGCCAAGUAUGUUGUGUUAAUUUAAUUAUUAAGUAAAUUAUUGUUUGUCACAAAAUGCAGCCAUAUAUCGACAAAAGGAUUUUCUUUAUUUUUUGUGAUUUUUUUGUUCAUCUAGAGAUCUUGGAACAAAAGCUGAUGUAAAUUAAAUUGUAUACUUGCGUCUUUCAAGAUCUUUUUAUUACCAUAUCCAAUCAAAAAUAUUAUUGUUUAAACUGAUUUGUACAAAGACAUUUUUCUUUUAAUAAAUUGAUUUUUUUGCUUUGAAAAAUAAGAGCAUGUUUUUUGGAGAUGAAGAUGGAAGAUUUCAGUUCAUUUCACAAAUACCAAAUAUGCAUUGAUUGUAUUUCAUGUGCUCAAAAUUUAGCGUGGCGAGAAUUUAAAUCUCGCUUCUUUCUUUUAUACAAGUUUUUUGACUUUACAGCGUUUUUUACUUAUUGAUUUGUGUGAAAAAGAUCUGAAUUUUUUGUUUAAAAGAAUAUUAGAUAUGCAUAUUUAUAUUGUUUAAUUUUUUAGCCCUAAUCAAUUUCGACAAACUAUCCUAACAAAAUUAUAGUAAAAUGUAUUAAAUGGGUGUAAACAGAUCUUAAUUGGACGUGCAUACUCAUACCAAACACCUAUAUAAACUUUUGGAAUUUAGAGAGUAGAAAAGUGAAAAUAAUAAAUGUUGCGUGGUGGAUUGGAAUCGACGGCUGUAUCAGAAGUUAAAAAUAUCAUAAUUGAAACAUAUUAAUUUCUAUAUAUUUGAAAUUAUUUUUGAAACCUCUGUGGCAAAUUUUAUCCUCCGUGUGGGACUGAAGAGGUGCCGUUAAAAAGAAGAGUGGAAACUAUCGAGACACCUCAAAAAAUUAUUAUAAAUUUAUAAAGAACCAAAGCUCGAUCGUCGCCACGUCAAUUGUAUUAGAAGAAUUCCCUGCCCAUCUUAGAAAUUGAUUUUUGUUUUAUUUGAAAGAAAUACGGUAAAAUAAAAACUAAGGGAAAUAGCGCUGUACUGAGAACCCAAACUUGUAUAAUGACAUACAUAUUAUAUAAUAAAUAUGUGACG